AACCGUGCUUCGUGUGUUGGUCUGUGCGUGCGUGGGAGCGUGCUGAAGCGAGCGUGUAUGCGUGCGGCAGCGGAGGCGGCAUGGCUGCGCGAGGCGGACACGGCGCUGCUGGCGGGGCAGCUGGCGCAGCUGCUGCGCGCGCAGGGCGCAGGCGCGCCGCCCGGCGCGGCCUCCGACGGCGGCCCGGCCGACUGGGCCCCGCUGCUCAUCUUCGACGGCGACGCCGCCGACAACGACCCCUACCUGCUGGCCGCGCAGGACGGCGCGGUGGGCAAGCGGUCGCGCUACUACCGGCGCUACCCGUGGAAGCGGCAGCCGGGGCGCGGCGGCGGCGCGUCGCCGGCCGUCGACUACGACAACCCCUACCUGUGCAACCCCACGCGCGAGGACGUCUUCCAGCUGCUGGUGGCGCUGCACGAGGCGCGCGCGGGCAACCUGGGCCGCACCGUCUCCUUCUGCAACCGCCGCCGCCCCGCGGCCUCCGUCUUCACCAACAUCCGCUUCCUGGGCCGGCGCCGCCGCCGCUAGGCGCCCCCCGGCCACGCCCCCUCCGACACGUGAUCGCCGAACAUUCUGCCUAGGUCCCGCUAGGCUGUGCUGCCCCCACAGUCUCCAGAGCCCCGGCCGCCGCCGCCGCCGUCCGCCCCGCCCCCACCCCGCCUCCACCCCCAUCAAGAUCCUUAGUUGUGAGCAAUUUGAAGACGCCAUACAAAGUUAUCUCACAUCGUUGUCAUGGAAUUCCUCUGUUGUAUGUGUCAGAAUAAAGGAUAUCCAUUAAACCGUUUUAUAUGUAUACAGG